AUGAACAAAGAAAGCAAAGGCGAUCUAUCAUCUGGCUCGAGUCGAGAAUCAUUAGAAAAUGCGCGGAGCUGGAGCAAGCAGGAGGACCUCGACGACAAACUGGCCUGCAGCGAGGAGAUCGAGCUGACCUGUCCGCGACCAUUGACGACCCUGGUCGCAGCGACGCCCAAGCCCUGCCUCGUCGACGAGGACGAGGAGAACGAGGCGAACGAGGUGACCGAUCGCACGGGCUCGCUGGUGCGCGACGUCAGACGCCUCAAGAGCGCGACCCUCGAGCGCGUCGGUCGCAUGCUCGGCAAGAAGAGUCAGCAGCAGGACAAGAAUGAAUCUGGAGAGUCCGGGGAUGGAGCGGGCGCCGCGACCAGCGCGCGCAAGCAGAAAUUCAACUCGCUGUCGCGUAUGCUCAAGCCGCUCUCGCAGCAGCACACCAAGGACGACUCGAGAAGCCAACAGCAGCAGCAGCAGCACCGGGGAAACUCGCUCACGCGCAUGCUGAGACGCAGCAAAGUGCCGAACGAGGGCGACGGACCCGCCGACAAGCCCGACGAGCACGUUCGAGGCAUUUUUUCAAGGAUGCUCGGUCAGAUCCGAGGUAAGGUUUCGAGAAACUCCGAUUCGGCUCAAGCCAAGAACAAGGAAAUUCUAUCAAAAUCGGAGCUCGAGCCGACGACGGCUCUGGCGGAAUUGAGCCUCGAGACGGCUCGCCCGGUAAUUCAAGAUUAA